AUGCUGCCUAUUAGUGUUGGUGAAUUGGUGCAUCUCCGGUACCUGGACAUUUCUUACAAUUUCAUACGAAAAUUGCCUGAAUCACUGUGUAAACUCUACAAUUUGCAAACACUGAAAGCACAUAGCAAGUCACUAAUCUCUCUUCCAGAAGAUAUAAGUCAGCUGAUUAACUUGAGGAAUCUUGAUGUUGAAAAUAAAAUAGUUGUAAAGAUAAAAAUGAUAAGGGGGCUAACCUCUCUUCAAAAAUUGUCUGAAUUCCAAGUACGAAAGGAAGUUGGAUUCAAGAUCACAGAGCUAAGUGGUUUGAAGCAGCUUCAUGGGAAACUCAAAGUUACUAAUCUGGAGAAUGUUGAAAGUAAAGAAGAGGCUGAAAAGGCUCAAAUGAAGAACAAAGAGUACCUUGAUGCUCUAGAGUUGGAAUGGGGAUUUGAUCCCAAGUUGGAUGAUAACAAGUUAGUUGUCAUGGAAAACGUACUUGAAGGACUCCAACCACAUGAGUCGCUAAAACGAUUAAAGAUCAGAAGGUAUUGUGGUGCCAGAUCACCCAGCUGGAUGAAAAAGGAGGAAUUAUCCAACUUGGAAAGACUUGAGUUGAGUAACUGUGAGAGUUGGAAAGAUAUUUCCUGCACUGCAUUGCUGCCGCACCUCAAGGUCUUCCACAUAGAGAGCAGCAUGUGGUUCUCGAAAUCAUGUUUUGAGGUAUGUGGUUCUAGAGAGAGCAAAUUAUUUCCUAUGCUAGAAGAGCUACAGCUGACGAACAUGAAUGCAUCGGAAGAAUUUCUCAAUCUUGGACAAUUUCCUUGUCUGAGAGUCGUUCGAAUGACAAAAAUAAAGUUAUUGAAACACAUUGAUUUUGCAGCAUCUUGUGGCAUAGAAAAUUCCUUGUUUCCUAUGCUAGAAGAGUUGGAGUUGAUGCACAUGCAUGCGUUGGAAGAGUUCUCCUUUCUAAGACAUUUUCCUCGUCUCAAGUUUCUUCGCAUGAAAGAAAUGCGGUUGUUGAAACACAUUGGGUUUGCAUCAGUUCAUGCCACAGAAAAUGAUCCGUUCCCUGUGCUAGAAGUGCUGGAACUGAUGGACUUGCCAGUUUUAGAGAAGCUCCCUGAUCUUGGUUCACUUCCAUGUCUCAAGUCUCUAUGCAUGUGUGGGAUGUCUAUGUUAAAACAUAUUGAUUUUUCUUUCUACGGUGCUACAAAAAAUAUACUACUUCCAAGGGUAGAGACGCUAGUACUGCGUGACCUGGAGGCACUCGAGGAGCUUCCUAAUAAUCUUGGACGAGUUCCAUGUCUUAAGGUUCUUAACAUUCUGAAGAUAUCAGCAGUGAAACAGAUAGGUCAUGGGUUCUUUAGCACUGAAGCUAUAUCCAAGUGUUUUCUUAGCUUGGAAAGACUCUGGAUCGGCGGCAUGUCGGCAUGUGAAGGGUGGUGUUGGAUUGACGGUAGCGAGCUAUUUCCAAGCUUACAAAGACUUUUUAUCACUGAAUGCCCUAAGCUCGAGAGGUUACCUCCUCUCCCUCCUUCGCUUACACAUUUAACACUAGAAAAAGUUGGGUCAACAGAGCUGCCAAGCCUACGGGAACUAGAAACAAAUGGAAGCGGAUACAAUCAAACGACAUCAUCUCUCUCAUACUUACGAAUCAGUGAAUGCAACAAUUUGGCAAGCUUAGAAGAAGGGUUGCUGUCACAGAAUCUUUCAGAUAUUGAAGCCAUUCAUGUAGAAGGAUGUAAUGAACUCAUGCGGAUGCCUCUCAAGAGAUUUGAAAACUUCACUUCGCUCAAGGAAUUGCAGAUAAAAGCUUGUCCCAAGCUUAGCCUGACACAAGAAGAGGAAGCCGCCCUCCUUCCUCCCUCAUUCAAAGUUUUCAUAUUGAACGACUGUGGCGAUCUCAACAGAUUGUGGCUUGGCCACCCCUACCGCUCGACCUUCUGA